AUCAAAAUAAACUACUCCCAAAGGGCACAUGGCUUAGAGCCGCAGUGCUUGGAGCCAGUGAUGGUUUGGUCUCCACAGCUUCGUUAAUGAUGGGAGUAGGAGCUGUUAAGCAGGAUGUAAAAUCCAUGAUUAUUACUGGUUUUGCAGGAAUGGUUGCCGGAGCAUGUAGCAUGGCGAUCGGAGAGUUCGUGUCGGUGUAUUCGCAGUAUGACAUAGAGGUUUCUCAGUUGAAGAGAGAGCAUAAAGCUUCAGCUGAUGGAAAAGAAAGUCUGGAUGAGGAGGAGAAAGAAGAUCUCCCAAGCCCACUCAGGGCGGCUGGAGCAUCUGCUCUUGCAUUCGUUGUUGGAGCUGCGGUGCCAUUACUAUCAGCUUCUUUUAUACAUAAUUAUAAGGCGAGGUUGGGGGUGGUAAUUGCAAUGUCAACCUUGGCUUUGAUUGUGUUUGGGGUUUUAGGUGGUGUCUUAGGGAAGGCACCUGUGAAGAAGUCUUGUUUGAGGGUGUUGAUUGGUGGUUGGUUGGCUAUGGCUAUAACUUAUGGGUUGACCAAGUUGAUUGGGCUGGCUGGGAUAUGA